CGCGGGGUUUGGCCUUUCUCCGCCUCCUCGGGCCUGCAGACCGGAAGCAGUUCGCGCUCGGGGUUUCUGGGAAAACAGGUCGGGAGCGGCGUUUCUGCGUCGGCCGCGGACUGCGAAGCUACUGCGGUUCCUGAGCCAGAGGGGUGCCUGUGAAGAAGAGCGAGUAUUUUCCUGAGGCUCAUCUCUUGCCUUGAUUGUCUUUUCUUAAAGUAUUGUAAAUCAGAAUGUCAGCACAGUCCGUGGAAGAAGACGCCAUACUUAUCAUCCAAAACCCAGAUGAAGAGGAAAAAAUUCUGCGAGUGAAGUUGGAGGAGGAUCCCGCUGGUGAAGAGGGCUCGAGCAUCCCCUGGGGCCAUCUCCCUGAGCCCGAGGUUUUCCGACAGCGAUUCCGGCAGUUUGGAUACCAGGAUUCCCCAGGGCCCCGUGAAGCCGUGAGCCAGCUCCGAGAGCUUUGCCGCUUGUGGCUUAGGCCAGAGACGCACACGAAAGAACAGAUCUUGGAGCUGGUCGUGCUGGAGCAGUUUGUGGCCAUCCUGCCCAAGGAGCUCCAGACGUGGGUUCGAGAGCAUCAUCCUGAGAAUGGGGAGGAGGCAGUGACGGUGCUGGAGGAGUUGGAGAGUGAACUCGAUGACCCUGGGCAGCCGGUUUCUCUUCGGCGGCGCAGGCGGGAAGUGCUGGCAGAGGAAGUAGUGUCUCCAGAAGAAGCUCCAGGAUUACCCAGCUCUGAGCUCGACGCAGUGGAGAACCAGCUCAAGUGGGCGUCCUGGGAGCUGCAUUCCCUCAGGCACUGUGAUGAUGAUGCUAGGACUGAAAAUGGAGCACUCGCUCCCAAGCAGGAGAUCCCUUCGGCAGCAGAGUCAAAUGAAGUUCCUGGCACUCUGAAUAUAGGUGUCCCUCAGAUUUUUAAAUAUGGAGAAGCUUGUUUCCCAAAGGGCAGGUUUGAAAGAAAGAGAAAUCCCUCUCGAAAAAAACAGCAUAUAUGUGAUGAAUGUGGAAAACAUUUCAGUCAGGGCUCAGCCCUCAUUCUGCAUCAAAGAAUCCACAGCGGGGAGAAACCUUACGGAUGUGUUGAGUGUGGGAAAGCCUUCAGCCGAAGCUCCAUCCUCGUGCAGCACCAGAGGGUCCAUACUGGUGAAAAACCGUACAAAUGUCUGGAAUGUGGGAAAGCCUUUAGCCAGAAUUCUGGGCUUAUUAACCAUCAGAGAAUCCAUACUGGGGAGAAACCUUACGAAUGUGUUCAGUGUGGGAAGUCAUAUAGUCAAAGCUCAAAUCUUUUUCGACAUCAGAGAAGACACAAUGCAGAAAAACUUCUGAAUGUUGUGAAAGUUUAAGAAAUUAAAAAAAUAAAAAUCA